AUGCAUGCAACCGGGAUACCAUUCUGUGUAGCUCUUGUGUACCUGCUGUCCAGGCAUGGAGCUGAAGGACGAACUGCAACAGAGGGAAGAAUAAGGACUCAAGACACCGCCCCAAAGGGCCGAUUCCCAUGGAUGGUCUCCCUGAGGGAUAGCUAUGGCAGGCACAUGUGUGGGGGGGUUGUCAUCGAUCCAUGGCAUGCCCUCACAGCGGCACACUGCUUAACUAAGCUUGGACAACAUGUGAUCAUGGUCAUUGGUGCCCACACCAUCAGCGAUGCUGAUGACUCAAAAGUCCAGGUCCUUACUUCUGAAUCUGCUUUCAUCCAUCCUGGCUGGACUGGAGUCUUUGCACAUGGCUUUGAUGCAGCCCUGCUCAGGUUGCCAAGGGAAGUGCAUGUUACAUUUCCAACCCUGGCCAGUAGCUCAGACGUCCUUCCCCAAGGGGCGCCAGUGGCAGCACUGGGCUGGGGCUACAUCUGUGAGAAGGAAGUGACAGAGCUUCGAAUGGCCACAAUGCUUGAAGUCAUGGACAACUUGGAUUGCCCAGGCAUCCCAUACUUGGCAGACAGCAUGAUGUGUGCAUAUUCUCAGUGGGAAGAUGCUUGUGAAGGAGACUCUGGUGGUCCCCUUGUACAAGUUCACGCCCCGCGUGCCACACUCGAGAAAGGCGGUCCGCACAAAGACGUGAUUCAUGGGAUUGUCUCCCAUGGGCCCCAUUGCUGCAACGAGGCCACUGGAGGAGCGUACACCCGUGUUUCCCAUGUCAUGGAUUGGAUCAACGCAGUGAGAGAUGGCAAGAACGGCUGGGCACCUGUGCACAGUGUCCAUCUACCACAGCUGGUGCACCUGCUGGAUGAGAGCAGAGGGCUUGUAUGCAUGGGCUUGGUCAUCGAGAAGCACCACGUGCUGACCGCAGCACACUGCACAGUGGCAAUGGGGCCCAAUGGUACUGUUGCUGUGGACAUUAGGGCUGGACAGUAUGAUGAGCUUGGCUUCAGGGUGCAGGAGUUUCCUGUGAAGAGCACUUUUGUGCACCCGCAAUGGACAGGUCAACCUGAUGGGUAUGAUGUUGCGUUGCUUCAACUUCCCCAGAGCAUGCGUGCCCUUGCGGUCCCAAUGCCAUUGCAGGCACCCAAUAGCUCAUUAUCUGGUGCACAUGUGCUUGGUUUCAGGAUCCAUGGCCGGCCAGAAGUGGCGCAGUUCAAGGUCAUUGACAAUGACCACUGCCCAAAUUAUUCAGAAUUUGGAGGCAAUCAAUUUUGUGUUUGCUCGAAUCUGACAAUCCUGGAAGCAGGUGGCCCCAUUCUAAGCGUGGGCGCCAAUAAAAGAGGCAACAACAAGGCUGGCGGUGUCAUUGGCGUUGUUUCACUCGCCAGUUAUUCGUCUGCUGCAAAUGAGAGCACAAUUAGCUGCACAUCCAUUGAACAUCUCCAUGGUUGGAUUGAGGAGAGCGUGCGCCAAAAGGUGCCAGGGGCGCAAGUACAGCAACUUGCGAUUGCUCUGGCGACAUUCGCAUUGACAGCAUUCGCCGGUUACAAGAUUGGGAGCUCAUUUAUACAUUGCAUUCGCGCAAGGAAUCGUUGCGUACAAAGAAUCGUUGCGUACAAGGAAUCGUUGCGUGCAAGGUAUCAUACAAGGUAUCAUACGGUGCAUGCACAAGGUAUCGUUACUUCGGGUCGUUGA